GGUGACGUCAUCGGCAGGGUUUUCCUCCUCGCGGGGCGGCAGUGAGCUCAGAGAUUAUAGCCCCAGAUUAGCGCUGCUGUGCCGGAGCGCAGGAAGCCCGGAGACCGCCUCAAACCGCCAGCAAACCCCGCAGCAGAGGCCCCGUCCUCCGAGGAGCUCAGACCCGCUGCUGGUGGAUAAAGGAGCGGAGGAGGAGCCGCUCCUCAGCCUCUGCGGAGGAACACAUCCGCCGCUGGAGGGAGAGGAGCGUUCAGAGAAGCCGGCAUUCAGCAACAGCAGCAGGAGAGGAUCAGACGCCCUGGACUCGGCAGAGAGGACAAAAAGAUCCAUUCCAGAGGAGAUACAUCCAUCAAACGGGGAUUUUCAGGAUUUUUAUGGCUCUGUGUUUUUGUAGGUGUGACUGAAUGAAGCUGACUUUGUAUUUUUGAAAUAGAGCUUUUCUCUUCCUCUCUUCUCUCUUUGUGAAACUUUAGACGGUCGGUCUGAGAGACAGAGGCAGCUGAAGGGAAUUUUUUUUUUUUUCCCAGGCUUCACUUGCGUCACUCCUUUCGAUUUCUGUUUGUGUUAUCUCUCUCUGCCCUUUCCUGAUGAUGUUUGGUUUCUCAUGAAAGCACGAGGAGGAGUUUCUUAAGAGUCUGAGCCUGAAAACACUUUCACUUCAGCUCUACCAGGGAACAUACCGGACUCUGUGUCCCUUUGUGGGAAGUUUAAGGAGGAAUAAAAAAAGGAAAAUGGGCUCAGAAAAGGGCUCUGAGUCUCCUCAUUCAUCAGUCAGCAGCGUUCCCAACCCUAAGUGCCGAGCAGCUGGGAAACGCCAGGGCCGUAUCUCCUUCCACAGCCUCUUCCACAGCAAGAGGGGCUCUCGGAGUGGAAGGGGCCCCAAAGGAGGAGCGGCCACUCCUUUAACUCAUCAUCAUCAUCAUCAGCCGCUGCCUUCAGCCUUGAGUUCAACGCCAACCGCAGCCUCCGCCACGACCACCACAGCAGUUACAAACAGUAAGGAUGCAGCCUCAAGCACCCCCUCCAAGCCGCUCUCCUCCAGCCAGCCGUCCCUCAGGGGAGCCGCCGCAUCCGGGGAACCCAACCUCCUGGAGUGCCCGCUGUGCCUGGUGCGCCAGCCCGCCGAGCAGCUGCCCGAGCUGCUGGGCUGCAGCCACCGCUCCUGCCUCUGCUGCCUGCGGCAGUACCUCCGCAUCGAGAUCACCGAGAGCCGCGUCCAGCUCAGCUGCCCCGAGUGCGCCGAGAGGCUGGCCCCGCGGCAGGUGGCCGACAUCCUGGACGACGCCGCCCUGCUGGACAAGUACGAGGAGUUCCUGCUGAGGAGGUGCCUCGCCUCUGACCCGGACUGCAGAUGGUGCCCGGCGCCCGAUUGUGGGUUUGCAGUCAUCGCCUCAGGCUGUGCCAGCUGUCCCAGACUGGUGUGUCGGAGAGAAGGCUGCGGCGCAGAGUUUUGCUACCAUUGCAAACAGGCAUGGCACCCCAACCAGACCUGUGACUCGGCCCGCCAACAGAGGGCGCAGUCCCUGCACACCCACAGCGGCCACUCGCCCAGCUACACACAGGAACAGGGUCCCGCCGACGACAUCAAACCCUGCCCACGCUGCGGCGCCUACAUCAUCAAGAUGAACGACGGCAGCUGCAAUCACAUGACCUGCGCCGUCUGCGGCUGCGAGUUCUGCUGGCUUUGCAUGAAGGAGAUCUCCGACCUGCACUACCUCAGUCCAUCUGGCUGCACCUUCUGGGGGAAGAAGCCUUGGAGCAGGAAGAAGAAGAUCUUGUGGCAACUGGGAACGCUGAUCGGAGCUCCGGUGGGAAUCACCCUGAUCGCGGGCAUCGCCGUUCCCGCCAUGGUCAUCGGAAUCCCGGUUUACGUCGGCCGAAAGAUCCACGCCCACUACGAGCUGAAGAAGGCUUCCCGCCACAGAAGGAACCUUGCCAUCACGGGGGGCGUGGCCCUGUCUGUCAUCACCGCCCCCGUCAUCGCAGCCGUCAGCGUCGGUAUCGGCGUUCCCAUCAUGCUGGCCUACGUCUACGGCGUCGUCCCCAUCUCGCUGUGCAGAGGAGGCGGCUGCGGCGUCAGCAGGGGGAAGGGCCGCGGCGUGCGAAUCGACUUUGAUGAAGACGACGGUCCGAUCACAGUGGCGGACGCCUGGCGAGCCCUGAAGUCUCCGAGCCGCGGAGAGAGCAGCCUUGACGGAGCGGUGAGCGGUCUGAGCACCACGUCCCCCAGCGAGGGGCUCUCUGUGGCCCCUGGGAACCUGGGAGACACUCCACACUUCAACACGCUGGCCGGCGGGGCUCUGGGGACCCGAACCAGCAAGUACAGCAGGUUGGAGGUUCAACCCGGCGAACUUAACAAGGAAUCGGCCCAGAGAGAGACGGGAAGCUUGGGAGCAGGAAGCGACUGCGCCAGCACCCGGGGAAUAGCCGGAUCCAUCAUCUCCUCCUACACCUUACCUGACAGGGACUGCACCAACCUGGAGAUCCAGGUGGACAUCGAGACCAAACCCAGCCAUCUCUGCCUGACCAGCGAGGAGGACCUGACUCCACAGCCAGGCUCUGCUGCCAUGGCGACUGCCUCCGGAGGGGAGGAGCCUCAGGACUGCAGCUCCAGAAGGGGCGGGGCUCUGUCCUGCUCGCCCGGGGCGUCGAUCAGGGAGGGGCUCAGAGACGUCACCCUGGCUCAGCCGGAGAGCAUCCGCAGCGACCUGGAGAUGUCGGACACUCAGUCGGACGACAUCGCCGAGCUGACGUCGGACGACUGCGACUCGCCUCACCUGAAGAGCUGCCAGCAGCUGCAGCCUCCCUCCUGCAGGCUCCUGAACCCCCCCGCCGACGGCCUUCACUGUCCCGCGGACAGCAACGUCAUCCUGUAUGUCUGAGAGGGGCGACGCUCUCAGGAUUGCACACGAACUGAUGAACUCACCUUGGAACCUUGUUUUCCUCCCUCCGGUCGUUUCUCUUCAGCUGCUUUAAUGUCUGAAACGCAGACAGCGUUUGUCUUAUCGAUCUACUGGCCAGCCUCCUUUUCUGAGUGAGCGGUCAGGGUUCUACCUCUCCCAUUUGUUGUUUACUCCUCGGUGCAAAAUGCCUUGGCUUCUUAAGCAAAAAAAAAACAAAACAAGAAAAACGAUUCAGAGAAG